UCCCUCCCUCGCCCUGAGUUUGUGCUCUCGAGGGAGUGGUUGGUUAAAUCCGCACGCGGCGCGCAUAGGAGACCCGGUGGCAACUCCCUCUGUAUCGUCUUCCUCCGGAAAGCGGAAGCGGAAGUGACGUUGAGGGAAGGGGGGAAGGUGGGGGGCAAUCAUGGUGCCGCUGGGGAGGGGAAGAGCUGCUGCCGCCGCUGUCGUUGCCGGGUACCGCCAAGGACUGACUUGAGCCUUACAAAAUAGACGGACUGAAGCCACAAAGGCUACGACUGGUCCUCAUCUUCCCAUAUCACACAAUUGCACUGAGCUCUGUUGAACCAUGGGGGAAAACAGUCCAGAUGACAAUGUCAUUUGCUAUGAGGCAGAGGAAGAUGAACUGUCACAUCAUGAUAAAAUACUCAGGUUUGUGGAUAAGAACGGACUGGUGCCUUCUUCGUCUGGAACAAUUUAUGACAGGACAACUGUUCUCAUUGAACAGGAUCCUGGCACUCUGGAAGAUGAGGAUGAUGAAGGACAAUGUGGAGAACACCUGCCUUUUUUAGUAGGGGGUCCUGAUGAGGGAUAUCACUUAAUAGAUCAUGAAGGAAUGUCCCAGGGUUAUGUGCAGCACAUCAUCUCUCCAGAUCAGAUCCAUUUAACCAUAAAUCCUGGUUCGACACCAAUGCCAAGAAACAUUGAAGGUGCAACUCUCACCCUCCAGUCUGAAUGCCCUGAAACAAAGCGCAAAGAAGUGAAGCGGUACCAGUGCACCUUUGAGGGCUGCCCUCGCACUUACAGCACGGCAGGCAACCUGCGCACCCACCAGAAGACCCACCGGGGCGAGUAUACUUUUGUCUGCAACCAGGAGGGCUGUGGCAAAGCCUUCCUCACCUCAUACAGUCUCAAGAUCCAUGUGCGAGUACACACGAAGGAAAAGCCAUUUGAGUGUGAUGUGCAGGGCUGCGAGAAGGCAUUCAAUACAUUGUACAGACUGAAAGCACACCAGCGGUUGCAUACGGGGAAAACCUUUAACUGUGAAUCAGAAGGCUGCAGCAAGUACUUCACCACGCUCAGUGAUCUGAGAAAGCACAUUCGAACCCACACAGGAGAGAAGCCAUUUCGGUGUGAUCAUGAUGGCUGUGGGAAGGCAUUUGCAGCAAGCCAUCACCUUAAAACACACGUCAGAACACACACUGGUGAAAGACCCUUUUUCUGCCCCAGUAAUGGCUGUGAGAAGACAUUCAGCACCCAAUAUAGUCUGAAAAGUCAUAUGAAAGGACAUGAUAACAAAGGACAUUCAUAUAACGCACUUCCAAAUAGCAUGUCUGAGGACACAAACCACUCCCUUUGUCUGAGCGACUUGAGCCUCAAAUCCAAGGAUUCUGAGCUACGAGAAAAUUCCAAUACAGUCAUAGGAACAAUGAAGCCAGUCUGGUGCAUGGAGAUCCCUGACAAAGAGACAAGAGAGAGAUUGAUUUCCACUAUGUAUCUGGAAGACAUGAGAGUGCUACAGAAACCUAGGACACAUGGCCAAGACCUUAGCACAAUUUCACCAGCAAUCAUCUUUGAAUCAAUGUUCCAGAACUCCGAUGAUCCUACAAUCCAGGAAAACAAGCAGACAGCUGCCUUGAUUGAAAGUUUUAAUGGUGAUACAGAGUCAGUCACCGCUGUUGCACCCUCCACGGGAGAUUCAGCAUCUUUAUCUCUUCCACUUGUACUGCAGCCUGGCAUCUCCGAGCCUCCCCAGUCUGCACUACCUGUCUCUGCGCCUCCCGCUCCUCCUCCUCUGACUGCUCCCUCCAUAGGAACUGGUUCCCAGCCAGCUGCAUUUGGGACCCCCCCUGCUAUCUUACAACCUCCAGAAGGGCCAGUUGCCCACAGCACACAGUUUGCUGCUAAUCACCAAGAGUUUCUUCCUCAUCCUCAGCCACCGCAGCCCCUUGUGCCAGGACUUUCUGUCGUAGCUGGGGCUCCCCCAGUAACAGCGGCACCCCCAACCACCACUGAGGCCAUGCCAGCUCUAGUUCAGACUCUGCCUCUGGGGGCCACCCCUGUUCUGACGAGUAACCCCACCAUCACCAUCACCCCAACUCCCAGCACGGCUAUUCUGCAGUCCAGCAUAGUUAUGGGAGACCAGAAUUUACAGUGGAUACUCAAUGGUGCAACUGGCUCUCCCCAAAAUCAAGAGCAAAUUCAACAGGCCUCAAAGGUGGAGAAAGUGUUUUUUACCACUGCAGUACCCGUCACUGGUAGUGCAGGGAGCUCCGUGCAGCAGAUUGGCCUCAGUGUUCCUGUGAUCAUCAUCAAACAGGAGGAGGCCUGUCAGUGUCAGUGUGCGUGCCGGGACUCUGCCAAGGACCGGGUUGCUGGCAGCAGCAGCAGCAACAGCAGCAGCAGGAGGAAGGGCUGCUCCUCACCGCCUCCUCCAGAGCCCAGCCUUCAGGUCCCUGAUGGCCCAUCCCUCCAUUUACCCCCCCAGACUUUUUCCUCCUCUUCUGCUACAUUGUCAUCAUCAUCCUCAUCCUCCUCCUCCUCCUCCCCUUCUGGCAUCCGGAGCAGACAGGCAGAGAACCCCUCAGACUCUCAGACUGAGUCAUUAAGUGCCAUGGACGUAUCAGAGUUCCUGUCCCUCCAGAGCCCGGACACCCCAUCCAACCUGAUUCCCAUUGAAGCACUACUGCAGGGGGAGGAGGAUAUUGGCUUGACCAGCAGCUUUGCUAAAUGAAGCAUCCUUGGCUCGCUCACUUCUAAGGAUGACGAGCAGGGCUACAAGAACAAAUGGCCUCUUUACCCAGGGGCCAGGAAUUUGAAGGAUGAAGAGGUUUGCUGUUGGGAAGUCAUACUUCUCAGACAUCAUUUCUUUAUUCCCAUCCCAGGGAUGUCCAUUUUAAGGAACCCAUCUUUGGAGGAAAAAAAAAAACCCAACAACAAAAAACAAAACAAAACAAAAAAAAAAACACAAAAAAAAAAAGCUAAGUUAUAAAUGAACUAUUUUGGCUGCACUGUAUGUCACUUUUGCUUAUUGUCAUGUGAACAUGGAAAUUAAGGUUACUCGUAUGCAUAAAAUUUCUAAAUUGAAAGGGGUGUGGUUUCCAUCAAUCUUAGAUUAUUACUUGUGUUGGGCCAUUUGCAGUUUUGGCAAUGUAGUCUCAUUAUAGCUCCUGAGGUAGAUUUGAGACUCGGCCACAAACUGAAAUGUAGGCCAGUGAUCCCUAAGAGGGGGAAAAGUGGUAGUAGAGGAAGAAGCCAUGUGUGUUGGUUAGGACCCAAGAGUGGUUGGUAUGGCAAGGGAGCCUCGGGGAAGGCUGAGGCCGGUGGCUGCAGAGAGUACAGGGACCUGCUGUUUGGGGUGGGGUCCAGGCAGGACACUGGUUUGUGCUGAGUGGAAGACCAGCACUAGGAUGUAGUGUUUUCAGGGUGAACAUUAGCAAGGUGGUCACGGUUUCUAUGUCUCCUUGGCUCUUCCAGGAUCUCUUUUGUCUAUUGGGAGCUGUAGGUUGUGGUGCCUCUCAGGGAGUGAAAGGAUCCCUAUUUGUACCUAUGAGUUGGCCACCAUGUUUGGUGUAGAAUCUCUUUGCUGACUUUUCACCCUCUCUCUCAGACCACUUCAUCUUUGCAGAGCAAAGGUGGGCUGACUUUGUCAGAAUGAGGUGAAAACUGAAGGAAGUCUUCAGAGGAGUGAAGUUGCCUGGACAGGCUACCCUAGUUGGGAUCCUGGUCCAGCAAAUCAGCUGCUUCCUGUCUGAUUUUGCCCUGUGUCCUUACUAAUGCAAGCGAGUAUAAUUUCUCUGUUGACAUGUGCAACAUAGCUUAGUCAUUUGAUAUGAAAACUAUGAUCUAACCUACUCAGGGUAAAGUAAAGCAAAAAAAAAAAAAAAAAAAAAAAAAUCCCCCUUCCACCAAAAA